AGAGGAUAGAGGCAGGAUAACCCAUUCGUCAUCCGCGGGAAAGGAAGAAGUGAGUUUUAAAACGCGAUCUGUGUUGUUUAUGAGGAAAAUAUUUCAAUCCACUCUGGCUGGUGGCGGUGAUCGAAGACGGUCUGUUCGCUUAUGUCGUUAACCGGACACGGCGGCACGGGCUGGGCAAAACACGGCGCGCGAGAUAAACACCUCGGAACAUUACAACCGGGAAUCGCAGGGACCCUUUUGUCGCCCCAUCGGGACUCCUACACAACAAAAAAUGGCAAAUGGUCGUUUGGAUCAAUUACAACUACAAGCCUAUAGUGUUCUUGUCUGUCGCGAUUUAUGAGUCUUGUUGUCUGGGAUAGGGAAGGGGGCUUCAUGUGCCAAAACGAAGACAGAGUUUGAUGGAGUUAUUUGCACUUUUCUGUGCGAUCCCAGUCCCGAACUGAACAGGACAACAACAACAACAACAACAACAAAGACAACAACAACAACACCUGAUUUUGCACGCCGUUGUCUUAUCGGGAAAGAAGGGACCUGAUCAUGUUCGACUGCAUGGACGUCCUGGCCGUGAGUCCCGGGCAAAUGUUGGACUUCUACACCGCCAGCCCGUCCUCGUGCAUGCUGCAGGAGAAAGCCCUGAAAGCCUGCUUCCGAGGGCUCGCGCAGCGGGACUGGCAACACCGACGGAGCGCUCAGUCUAUCGAGACGCAGAGCACGAGUUCGGAGGAGCUGGUCCCGAGCCCCCCGUCCCCGUCCCCACCUCCGCGUGUCUACAAGCCCUGCUUCGUCUGCCAGGACAAGUCCUCAGGAUACCACUAUGGAGUCAGCGCCUGCGAGGGCUGCAAGGGUUUUUUCCGGCGUAGUAUCCAGAAGAAGAUGGUCUACACGUGUCACCGCGAGAAGAACUGCAUCAUCAACAAGGUCACCAGGAACCGCUGCCAGUACUGUCGGCUGCAGAAGUGCUUUGGUGUCGGCAUGUCCAAGGAGUCGGUGCGGAACGACCGGAAUAAGAAGAAGGAAUGUCCGAGGGCGGAGCAGCUGGUGGAGACGUAUGAGCUGACGGAUGAGCUAGAGGCCAUCAUCGAGAAGAUCCGCAAGGCCCACCAGGAGACCUUCCCCUCGCUAUGCCAGCUCGGCAAAUACACCACGAACUCGAGUGCGGACCACCGCGUGCGUUUGGACCUGGGGCUGUGGGACAAGUUCAGCGAGCUGGCCACCAAGUGCAUCAUCAAGAUCGUGGAGUUCGCCAAGCGCGUCCCCGGCUUCACCGGCCUGACCAUCGCAGACCAGAUCACACUGCUCAAAGCGGCCUGCCUCGACAUACUGAUUUUGCGUAUCUGCACGCGCUACACGCCCGACCAGGACACCAUGACCUUCUCAGACGGCCUGACGCUGAACCGUACGCAGAUGCACAACGCGGGCUUCGGGCCGCUCACAGAACUGGUCUUCGCCUUCGCCAACCAGCUGCUGCCGAUCGAGAUGGACGACACCGAGACCGGCCUGCUCAGUGCCAUCUGCCUCAUCUCCGGAGAUCGUCAGGACCUGGAGGAGCCUGGUAAAGUGGACCAGCUGCAGGAGCCUCUUCUGGAGGCGCUGAAGAUCUACGUGAGGAAGAGGAGGCCCAGCAAGCCGCACAUGUUCCCCAAGACCCUGAUGAAGAUCACAGACCUGCGCAGCAUCAGCGCUAAAGGUGCGGAGCGGGUCAUCUCCCUGAAGAUGGAGAUCCCGGGCUCCAUGCCCCCCCUCAUCCAGGAGAUGCUGGAGAACUCGGAGGGCCAGGACGGAGACAAGGGGGACAAGGGGGACAAGGGCGCCUCCGGAGGGGGGGGCAAGGGCGCCUCAGGUGGGGGGGCCAAAGGCUCCGGUGGAGGUGGUGGUGCCGGGGCCCCCAAAGGCUCAGGUGUUGGAGGCGGCGGUGGCGAUGGUGGUAGUGGGACCAACCAUAAGGGCCGUGGCUAUGGCGGAGGUGGUGGCGGCGGCAAUAAGGGCCGCGGCUGUGUCGGAGGAGGUGGUGGUGGUGGGGGCCAAGGCUCCCUCUCCCUGUCAGACGGCGACUCUGAGGGAGAAGAGGAGCGUUCGGAGCGUCCACAGCCACAGUCACAGCGCCCCCUACUGCGCCUGGAGUGCAAAUCAGCACCACCCUCCUCCCCGGAUACCUCAGAUAACGGCCUGGACGACGAUGACCACUAG